UUUAGUCUUUCCAGAGUCCCUUGAAAACCAUUUCGGGAAACCCCAGCUCAGCAAUGUAGUCACGUGACUCGUUCUUUUCGGCCGACGUGAGAGAGUCAGCCACCAUGCCUUUGGCCAAGGACUUGCUGCAUCCCUCCCCAGAGGAGGAGAAGAGGAAACACAAGAAGAAGAGGCUGGUUCAGAGCCCCAACAGUUACUUCAUGGACGUCAAAUGUCCCGGUUGCUAUAAGAUCACCACAGUUUUCAGCCAUGCUCAGACGGUAGUUCUGUGUGUGGGAUGUUCAACAGUGCUGUGUCAGCCCACAGGGGGCAGGGCUAGGCUUACAGAAGGCUGCUCGUUCAGACGGAAGCAGCACUAGCGUUGACGGGAGGAGAGAUAAAAGCCGGCCACCAUCCUGUUGACUGCAGCAGACACUACAGCGAACACGAGAGGCAAUGCCACGUCCUGGGCCCAUUCCCCGCCUUCAAACAUGCUCGAGAAUGGAUCCCCCAAGGACGUGUGCCUUAAACUUUUAGUCAAGUCGUAUUCAUCAACAUAUUGCCUGCAAAAUCUACAUUAAGUUGUUGAUCUCCACUUAGUGUAUUGCUUGUAAACACGUUGGUGGCAAUUAAAAUCCUAUCUCAAGCAUA